CGCGCCAAGAAAUCUCAUCUUCUUUCUCCUUUCAUUUGUUUUUUAAAAGAAUUUUAAAAAGUAAAGAAAGAAUCAUCCUCAAUUUCUGUCCCAGUAUAUAAUUCGAACUUUUCGAUACUUCGGAGUUCGGAUCACAUGCUUCUUGCUUAAAUAUUGUUUCAUCUUGCUUCCAAGAUUGAUCUUCUCGGAGAACAAUCCUCAUCCAUUUUUUUCUAUUGUUUUUCCUUCAAUCAUUAAUUCCUUAGCCUUUGGUUGGCUCUGAAUCUUUCCACCUUGAAAUCCCAUACCCAUUUAUCAGAAUCUCUCUUCCUUGUUCUUCUGGAGAAAGUUGCCAUUAGCGAUCUUGCAGUUUCACAAACUUUGAAGGCUUGGCCCUUCACAAUUUCGACGGGCUGCUUUACUUCCAGAGUUCUGCCGGUUCGUGUUGAAAAUGUUGGGAGAAUUCAUUACUAGAAGUCUUAUAUUGCUUCUUGGAUAUGCAUACCCUGGCUUUAAAUGCUACCAGACCAUAGAGAGAAACAGGGUCCAGAAUGAGGAGCUUCGCUUCUGGUGUCAAUACUGGGUUCUUGUGGCAUUUCUCACAGUUGUGGAAAGCGUCGCCGACAUAUUCAUUUCCUGGUUGCCGAUGUACGGGGAGCUGAAACUGGCUCUUUUCAUUUACUUGUGGUAUCCCAAAACCCAGGGAACUGGAGUUAUAUAUGAUGCAGUGUUGCGACCUUAUGUAACAAGUCACGAGCAUGAUAUUGAGAAUAAGUUGCUUGAGUGGAGAGCUAGGAUCUGGGAUUUGGCCGUAUUUUACUUACAAAACUGCUCAGAUUUCGGGCAGUCAGCAUUUUUGCAAGUCCUCGAGUACUUUGCUGCUCAGUCUAGAAAAUUUAGCGGCAACAGCACCACUAAGAAAAAUGAUAAACAGGGUGAAGGUGAGGCGCAAUACCCUCCAAAACGAUCGAUCUUUUUUGCCAACAGGAAGCACAAGAAGCCGCCAUCAUUGUCGGAGUGACGCCAAAGACCAAACAUUUCGAAGACACCCAAGUGUGAAACUGUAAAGGUUGGUUUUGAUUCUGUACCAGAGUACAACCUCAGCCAAAUUCGCGCGAUAACCUGCCACCGAAUCCAUAAAUCCAAUACCCCCAGCAUAGUUGAGAACUGUUUAGGGAGAAAACUUGUAUUUUGUACAUAGUCACAUUAAUCUUACCAUCAUUGUCAUUCGUUCUUUGAUCAAAGUUAUCAACUUCCAUUGCUAAGCUCAACCCUUUCUUAAUUUUUCCUUCAUUUUGAAACAAUGAUAGCAAAGUGACCUGUCUGAGGUUCGAUUAAUGGCAUUAUUCAUUCGUUGA